AAAACACUACACAUGUCAACCCAUCUGUUCUGAUGCUCAGCUUUGGAGAAAUGAUGGAGAUGAGAUAUAUAUAUAUGUUGUCAUAGCAUUAAUUGGCUUCAUAAUGAUCAUUCUAUCAAAUGGAGUAGUCAUAUAUGUAAUAAUGAUACAUAAAAGUUUGCAAGAACCAAUGUAUAUUUUUAUUUCUGCACUAUGUGUAAAUGGACUAUAUGGUAGCAUUUCUUUUUUCCCUAGUCUGCUUGUAAACCUUCUUGCCAAAACACAAGCCAUUUCCUAUAUUAAUUGUUUG